AUGUCUAAGCCGGUGGACCAUGUGAAGAGACCCAUGAACGCCUUUAUGGUGUGGUCUAGAGCCCAGAGGAGAAAGAUGGCCCAGGAGAACCCCAAAAUGCACAACUCGGAGAUCAGCAAGCGCCUGGGUGCCGAGUGGAAGUUGCUGACCGAGUCGGAAAAGAGACCGUUCAUAGAUGAAGCCAAGAGACUACGGGCUAUGCACAUGAAGGAGCAUCCGGACUACAAAUACCGGCCCCGGAGGAAGCCCAAGACCCUACUAAAGAAGGACAAGUUCGCCUUCCCCAUGCCUUAUAGCCUGGCCGCGGAACACGAGGGGCUGAAGGCCGCCACCCUACACGGGGCCGGGGUGCUGACUGACUCUCUGCUGGCCAAUCCGGAGAAAGCAGCAGCCGCGGCAGCCGCAGCAGCAGCCAGGGUCUUCUUCCCCCCCUCCGCCGCCUCCAGUCCAUAUUCCCUGUUUGAUCUGAGCUCCAAGAUGGCAGAGAUCACAUCCAGCACUUCCACCCUCCCCUACGCCUCUUCUCUGGGAUACCCCCAGUCCAGCGGAGCAGCGGCAGCAGCUGCCAGCGGGGGGCACACUCAUUCCCACCCAUCCCCCGGGAAUCCUGGCUAUAUGAUCCCAUGUAACUGCACAGGCUGGCCCAGUCCUGGACUGCAGCCACCCCUAGCAUACAUCCUGUUCCCUGGCAUGGGCAAACCCCAGUUGGACCCUUACCCCGCCACAGCUUAUGCUGCCGCCUUAUGA